CAGGACGGGGAUUUUUUGCUCUUGGUCAUUAGGGAUGACUGGAACUCAGGCCUUGGGACUGCCGAAGAGUGUGGGGUUGGAGCCUAGAGGCUCCGAUGGUCCGCAGGACUGGUGAGGCGAGGUUGAGAGGCUUAGAAGCUCCCCAGAGGCUCAUCUCUUAGCCUCUGCUCGGACUUAGCCGUCUCUCCAUCUGCCACCGCAGCCUGGAGGCGCUUGCCUCCACCCUCCCGAAUGGUGCUCCUCUUCGUAGGCCUCGGCCCAGGAUCCAGGCCCCCUUUGCUCCUUGAUUUGGGGCUGUUGCUGCUGGUGGACUCCCUGUGGUGGGGUGUGAAGAACUUUCGCACAGACCAGGCUUUAGUUAUAGGGACCUCGCCAACACUUUGAAUCUCGGCCUCUAACCGAGCUCGAGGCUUGUCCUGUGCCCCUUUCCCCCUGCCUUUGAGAAGAGAAGCCCUUCUCUUUGACAUCCAAAGCCCAGGAAGCCUCAAGCUGGGGCCCUGGUCCCAGCAUGUCAGCCCUCUCUCGUGCAUAGGGCUCUGCCCUCUUCCAGCCAGCAUGGCUGAUUUCAAAAAGGCUCCAGGAGGCCGAGAGACUCCCCAGGGGGAACUGCGGCCAGAGGUGGUAGAGGAUGAAGUCCCUAGGAGCCCGGUAGCAGAGGAGCCUGGAGGAGGUGGAAGCAGCAGCAGCGAGACCAAGUUGUCCCCCAGAGAGGAGGAAGAACUGGAUCCUAGGAUACAGGAGGAGCUGGAACAUCUGAACCAGGCUAGUGAGGAGAUCAACCAGGUGGAGCUCCAGCUAGAUGAGGCAAGGACCACUUAUCGGAGGAUCCUGCAGGAGUCUGCAAGAAAGCUUAACACUCAGGGCUCUCACUUGGGGAGCUGUAUUGAGAAGGCCCGGCCCUACUAUGAGGCUCGACGACUGGCUAAGGAGGCCCAGCAGGAGACACAGAAGGCUGCAUUGCGCUACGAGCGGGCUGUGAGCAUGCACAAUGCCGCCCGGGAGAUGGUUUUCGUGGCUGAGCAGGGUGUCAUGGCUGACAAAAAUCGACUGGACCCUACUUGGCAGGAGAUGCUCAACCAUGCUACCUGUAAGGUGAAUGAGGCAGAGGAAGAGCGGCUUCGAGGUGAACGGGAGCAUCAGCGUGUGACUCGGCUGUGCCAGCAGGCUGAGGCUCGGGUCCAGGCCCUGCAGAAGACCCUCCGGCGAGCCAUUGGCAAGAGCCGCCCCUACUUCGAGCUCAAGGCCCAGUUCAGCCAAAUCCUGGAGGAGCACAAGGCCAAGGUGACAGAACUGGAGCAGCAGGUGGCACAGGCCAAGACCCGCUACUCAGUGGCGCUGCGUAACUUGGAGCAGAUCAGCGAGCAGAUUCAUGCCCGGCGCCGGGGCUUGCCUCCUCACUCCUUGGGUCCACGACGAACCUCCCCUGUGGGGGCUGAAGCUGGUCCUGAGGGCAUUGAGGAUGGGGACAGUGGGAUUGAAGGGGCAGAGGGCGGGGGCCUGGAAGAGGGCAGCAGCCUUGGGCCUGGUCCAGGCCCAGAUACGGACACACUGAGCCUGUUGAGCCUGCGCACCGUGGCCUCUGACCUGCAGAAGUGUGACUCAGUGGAGCACCUGCGUGGCCUCUCAGACCACGCCAGUCUAGAUGGCCAGGAGCUGGGACCCCAGAGUCGGGGACGCCGGGGAAGUGACGGUGGAGUCCGAGGGGGCCGGCACCAGCGCAGCGUCAGCCUGUAGCUUUGUGCGGUGUGCUGGCUUGACUUCAAUAUGGGCAAUCAGGGCCCCAGGUCUGGUCUGCAGCCUUGCCUGGGCAAGGUCAGCUGUGUCUCAGUCCUCUGUCCCUAGCUUUCCCACUGUUCCUUCUCAGGAGGCAGCUCUCUCUUUGCCUUACCCACCCAGAAGGCUUGCGCUCUGGCCCUGUCUCCUCUUCCCCUCCUGGCACUUGAGUCUCUCUGAUGCGCUCUGAUGUCCUCUUCCGACCUGACUUCUAUCUGUCUGACUUUUCCCCUCAGGGAACUUGGUCAAGAAAAGAUGCAGGAAGGUCAUGUGAGAACACGUGUCCUAGCCCAAGUGGUUGGACAGGCCUCACCUGUUGCUUCCUGGCGUCGUCUUCCCAGAAGGCAGCUCCCCAGGGUGCCCUAGAUAUGCUGCUGAGUCCCGGCAGCCUGUGCUCUUGUCCUUCUGUCCUAGCCUGCCUGUGAGCAAUGUGUAAACUGUCCGUGUGCCUCUGGAAGACACUACCUUCUGUCAGUGCACCCCUUGUGACCUUCGCUGCUGUGCUGCGUGUCCACAAUUCAGUGUCAGGUGGAGGAACUCAACUUUGUUACCAACGUGGCCAUUAGGACCAACUCAAAUGGCCCCUGUCUGUGUGGUUUGUCUCUAGCUGGGCUGGGCCCUUCUCAUUGCCAAGGUGCUAGUAGGUCCCUGAUGGGGUCUAUGCUAGAGGGUAGAGAUGUGAGAUUCUCAAGGCUGAGACCUUGCCAUCCCCACCCGCCUCCUCGUGUGUGGCUCUGGGCUUGCUUUUUUUGGGUAGAGGUUGGACUGGAGCUUGGCACCCUCCUACAGGGUGGCAUUAGGGAAUUUGGUGCUCAAUUGUUCUCUAGUGCUCUUCCUCACGCCAGAUAGUACCUACUCCAGGAACCUUUGGGGAGCGCUUUAAGCACAAAUGCAAAGCCUCCCGUGUGUGGGAGGAGUUGACCUGAAGUGAGAGGUCCCAGCCUCAAAGAGCAGCUCUGGGUGCUGGUGCUCCUGGGUCGUGUGAAGGGAAACCACACCAGAUCAGGGUGCCUUGGAAGAGCUGACCUCCUGCUCCAUCAGGAGGAUGGUGAGGGGGCUUGCCCAGGGCUGGGGGAAGAGCACCCAUGUCUCGCAUGGCAGCUCCCAAUUUUCAGGUUUGAGGAUGGUCACAAUGAGAACCGUGGGGUUUGAGGUGGCUGUUCAGGAAGAAGAGAAAUGAGGACACGCGUGUACGAGUGCAUGUGCUGGUGUGAGUGGGAAAGGGUCAGUCCUGGUUAUUUAAUAAAAUUGUUUAUGUAACAGCCGUGAGUACUGUCUGGUCACACAGGCUGUGUGGACAAGGCUGGGGAACCAGUGCCUAGAAGACUGUGUAACGAGUGCCGGGGUGGGCUUGCUGCAGAGGGCCUGCAGGGUUGGAGUGACCAUUGUUGGGACUAAG